AUGGCUUCCCCAUCUGCCUCUGCCACCGGCCUCGCACGCCCCAAUCCCGCUCUUCGCCGAACCAUGACCUCCACCACCACCGACACCGACUUGUCGUCGCCCUCGACCGCCGUUGGCUCCCCGAUCGACUCCCCUAACGCCUCUGCCUCGUCCACCUCGCUCUCCUCCAUGUCCUCCAUCGACGGCGCCGACGCCCACGGCAAGCUCGUUGACACGUACGGCAACGAGUUCCAGAUCCCCGACUACACCAUCAAGGACAUUCGUGAUGCCAUUCCCAAGCACUGCUUCGAGCGCUCCGCCGUCAAGGGCCUGUACUACGUCUUUCGCGACAUUGCCAGCCUGGCUACCACCUUCUACCUCUUUCACACGUAUCUGACCCCCGAGAAUGUCCCGUCCACACCGGCACGCGCCCUUCUCUGGGGCCUGUACACCAUUCUUCAGGGCCUGUUCGGCACCGGCGCCUGGGUCCUUGCUCACGAGUGUGGUCACCAGUCUUUCAGCACCUCCAAAGUCUUGAACGACACGGUUGGCUGGAUCCUCCACUCGGCCCUCCUCGUGCCCUACUUCAGCUGGAAGAUCUCCCACGGCAAGCACCACAAGGCCACUGGCCACAUGGAGCGUGACAUGGUCUUUGUUCCCAAGACUCGCGAGGAGAGGGCCAGCCGCCUUGGGAAGCUGGUCCACGAGCUGUCCGAACUCGGCGAGGAGACCCCGAUUGUCACCUUUAUGUAUCUUGUCGGGCAGCAGCUGGUGGGCUGGCCUAGCUACCUCAUGUCCAAUGUCACCGGCCACAACUACCACGAGCGCCAGACCGAGGGUCGCGGCAAGGGAAAGCAGAACGGCUGGUUCCAAGGCGUCAACCACUUCAGCCCCAGCAGCCCACUUUACGAGGCCAAAGACGCGAAGCUGAUCCUGCUGAGCGACUUGGGACUGGCUAUCACUAUCGGAACUCUGGUCUUCCUCGGCAACACCUUUGACUGGAGCAAUUUGUUGGUGUGGUACUUCUUGCCGUAUCUAUGGGUUAACCACUGGCUUGUUGCCAUCACCUUCCUCCAACACACCGACCCUACCCUUCCCCACUACAAGGGUGAAUCUUGGAACUAUGUCCGUGGUGCCGCUGCGACCAUCGACCGUGAGUUCGGUUUCAUCGGGCGCCAGCUGCUGCACGGUAUCAUCGAGACCCAUGUUCUGCACCACUACGUCUCCACCAUUCCCUUCUACAAUGCCGACGAGGCCUCCGACGCCAUCAAGAAGGUCAUGGGCCGUCAUUACCGGUCAGAUACCGAAGGAGGCUCGCUUGGUUUCGUCAAGGCUCUGUACAAGAGUGCAAGGUGGUGCCAGUGGGUUGAGCCCAGCGAGGGAGCCACUGGCGAAGGGAAAGGCGUGCUGUUCUUCCGAAACACGAACGGUUUGGGCACGAAGCCUAUCAAGAUAAGUCCCAAGAGACAAGGAAUGGUCAUUGGAGUUGAUGAGUAA